AAGUUCGUUUAGUGUUAUACUUCAACUCGGUGCUUAAGCAAUAGGAGGGAGAGCUUAAACGUGAGAUCAUCGAUUUCAAGGAAUAUACAAACAAGUUUACACAUCUCAAUUGGCUAUGACGAUGCGUUCGAGCACUGGUUCGGAGAGGUCUUCGAGUCAACUUUCAAUAUAUGAUUAUCCAGAGCAUUUGAAUCCAUUUGCCGAUGAUGACAAUCACAAACGUUUGCGAUUUUGGAGUUUAUCAAAACGCGGCGAUAACAGACGACGAAGUUUUUCGGUUGGAAACUUAAAAGAAUUGUGGCCUCUCAAAACUUUUUCAUUAAGAAAAAAGAAGUCAUCGACUUUGGGUAUACAGAAGACAUCAGAAAGCCCUCCAGUUUUACGUCGGAGUUUAGAACCAAACUCUCUGUACCCAGGAGACCAGGCCUUCAGAAGACAAUAUACGAAUUCCUUGCAGAAUAUCAAUACACCAAGAGGUCUAAGAUCGAGCGGUACAAACUUUAGUCCCGUUCACAAUCCCCAUCAACGGUCAACAAUAAGUGAAGGGUAUUUAACGCCGUUAAGUCAACGAUACCAUCCAACCAGAUCUUCACAGACCAGUUUAGUGAGCUCAAAUCCAUUUGAAAGUGAUAUAGAGUCGGAUGCGACCGACAUUGGAAGUGUUUCACUUGGCGGAGUCCGCAAAUCCUAUCGCAAAAAGAGAAGAGCACCUUUAGCACCAACUAAGGAGAUGCUGAGUAAGACGUCGACUCCCGUAAAUGGAAAACAAGAGGAUAGUGAAUUGAAAGCUGAGCAAAAUAAAGCGAUUCGAUCCCUUGCCGUUGAAAUAGAACAAUUUGUAAAUAAUAGUAAUGAGACUUCAACUGCUCCAAUCCCAACAGUCGUAGUGGAGUCCCCCUCUCCUCGCCCUGAAAGUCCUCAAACUACAAACAACAACUCAGAACCGCCAAUAUUCGCUAAAGUUCGAAUCCCAAGCAAAUCUACCGAAAGUGAUCCAAGUUUGCAGGAGGGUACGAUAACAAUAACGACAGUAACUUGUACUUCAACGAUCGAUCCUGUGACAGAAAUUAAAACUGUGCAAAUAGAUAGUAAUUUAGAUCAAAACACAAAGUCUUCCCCUGUAGCCGAAAGUCCAAAAAUUGAACGAAAAUUUUCCGGCAAAAAGAUUCCUCCUAAACCGCCAGUUCGUAGUCAUUUUACAAAAUCUGAAAAUAAGUUGCAGAGUAUAGAACGUACGUCCUCAAGCAAACCCGUUACGGAGUUUGAUGAACCGAGUAGCAGUUCAGUGAAAAUCAUAGAAACCUCUUUUGUCUCAAAAACUCCACAAACUGAGCCAAAGAUUUUGGAACAAACUAGUUCUCCAGCCUCUCCAAGUCGCAGCUCUAUUACAAGAACAGAACCCGAAGAGGAAAAUAAGUUACAGAAUGUAGAAUAUACAUUGACAAACGAACAGUCAGCGGUUCUGGCCAAAGUUAAAAUUGUAGAAUCUUCCACUGCCAUAGGAAGUCCACAACAUGAGCCAAAGAUUCCACAACAACAAACAAGCUCUCCCGUCCCUCCAAGACGCAGGAGUAUUGCUAAAGAAAAUAAGAUCCAGAUUGUUGAACCGAUAGUGAAAGCUCUUCAAAUUGAUGAAUCGACUAGUUCUUCAGCUGAUACUGUAUCAGAAGUAACGAAAACUGAUUCAAAGAUUGUAUCUUCAUCUAUAGCUGCAGGAUCAAAUGAUAAACAAGCUGUUGAAACUAAAACAGUUAAAUUUAUUGAAAGUUCACAAACUGAGCACAAAAUCGCAGAUCAAACAAAUUUACCGAAGCCGACAACUUCAGAACUUCCCCUUAUUGAAGAAACUAAGAUAGCGAAUACAGAACACACUUUAACAAACGUUGCGGGGACAGGAAAUUUGCCUGAAGAUAGAAUAAAUAGACAACCUCUAAGUCAAUCAAGUGAACGCAAAGGCCUUAAUAAUCUUUCAACUGCUCAAAAGUAUUGUUUCAAAGAAAACAACAACGCUGAGAAUUAUGAGUACUUAAACAAGCCUUUGACAAUUUUUGAAAACUCUGAGAGGAAAUCAGAACGACCUGACGAUGGAGGAGCCCAACCCAAACCAAAAUCAGUCAAAGAAAUUAUUGAUUCAAUCAAUAGGAGUCAGAAACUGCUCAAAGAUAGUGCGGCAAAGGGAACUACGGUGUAUUCAACCGCUUUAUACACUGAAAACAACAAUAUUGGACCGAUAAGUAAUCAAAGAAGUUCACAGGUGCCUUCGGAGAUCUCUCCAAAUAUAUUAACGGCCAGCAGCUCGGGUGCUCCGUUGGAAAAUGAGCAGCAAGUGGAAGAAAACUAUUUUCAAAAAAGCAAAAUCAAUAAAACCGCCUUUCAAUAUCGUGAGUCUUCCCCAACAGCGUUAAAUUUAGAUUGGAAUCCUCUGCCAAAACCAAAGAGAAUUAAUAACGGUUCAUCAACUUAAAAUAAAUUAUUCGAUUGUAUAUGGCUUUAGAAUUGCAUAAUUCAAUAGUUUUAGUUUCAAAUUAAUUUCUGUGCUAUGAAAUGUCCAAAAAAAAAAAAAGCUUUGUAACUUGUGUAACUAUAUUUUUUGUAUGUAAUAAAUGUAUGAUAUGUGUAUCAGUUUGAUG